AUGUCACCACCACAAGAGGAAGUUGCAAUUGAAUUAGGUUCACCACAAUCACCAAGAGAGAGACAGGAGACACCUCAACAACAUCAUGAUGGAGAUCAGGCCAACCAGAUUCCAUUGUUCUUCAAUGUUGAGAAGCAGAAAGUUAGAAAGAGAUUGAGAUUGAGGAAGAGGAUCAAGGAUAAGAUCAAGACCAAGAUCAAGAGAGAGGGAAAAGAAUCAAAGGAGGAAAAGGCACUCAAGAAGGAGCCCUUGGACACUUCUGACUUGACCAAUGAUCAUACAUUGUCAAUUGAGGAGUUGGCUACCAAGUUCCAAACAAACAUCAAUUUCCAGGACCCAAAGAAUAGUUUUGGAUUGACAUCACAAGAAGCAGAAGUAAUUUUUGAAAGGGAUGGUCCCAAUUCAUUGACCCCAACAAAGCCCAUUCCUGCAUGGGUCAAGUUUUUGAAGCAGUUCAUUAGCUUGUUCCCUGCGAUGCUUGAGAUUGGUGGUAUCCUCUCAUUCAUUGCUUAUGGUAUCGAUCCAAAGACUGGACAAGAUAAUUUAUACUUAGGUAUAAUUCUUUGGGCAGUUGUAAUUAUAACAUGUACAUUUACAUUUAUGCAAGAGUCCAAGUCAGCUCAUGUGAUGGAGGGCUUCAGAAAGUUGGCUCCAUCAAGCUCAAAGGUGAUGAGAGAUGGACAUCUCGUUGAGCUCAACUCUGAGAGAUUGGUCGUCGGUGACAUUGUGCACAUUCGAGCCGGUGACAAGGUACCAGCCGAUGUCAUUCUCCUGUUUGGACAUCACUUCAAGGUGGACAACUCAUCGCUCACCGGUGAGUCUGAGCCACAGAGCAGGAUCGCCCAAUGUACCGACGAGAACCCAUUGGAGACCCAGAACCUUGCCUUCUACAGUACUCUCGCCGUCGACGGUGACUGUGUUGGUAUUGUCGUAUCCACUGGAGACAACACAACAAUUGGAAAGAUUGCCAAGUUGGCCGCAAAGACCAAGUUGCAACCAACCCCAAUGCAAAGAGAAUUGGAGCAAUUCAUCAAGAUCAUCACUGUCGUUGCCAUCUGUGUCGGUGUUACUUUGUUGGUGAUUGGUUUCGCCACGAGUGUCAAGUGGAUCUUGGUCAUCAUCUUCACUAUUGGUGUUGUGGUGGCUCAGGUACCAGAGGGUUUGUUGCCAACUGUAACAGUAUCGCUCACAUUGACAGCCAAACGAAUGGCAAUGAAGAAUGUACUCGUCAAGAACCUGCUGGCUGUCGAAACAUUCGGCAGCACAAAGACAAUCGCCUCCGACAAGACCGGUACACUCACCCAGAACAUCAUGACUGUAGUCCAUCUCUGGUACGACAACACCAUCUACUCGUGUGAUCCCAGUGCCACCACAAACUACAUGAACAAGGACAGCCAGACCUUCAAGUCCCUCUACAAGGUCGCCGCCCUUUGCAGCAAGACCGUCUUUGACCGAUCGGACGGCCCAAUCGAAGAUGUCCCCAUCCAACAAAGGAAGUGCAUCGGUGAUGCCUCUGAGAGUGCCCUCCUCAAGUUCAACGGAGACACAAACAAGUUAGUCCUGUUGAUGAAGGGUGCUCCAGAGAGGAUCAUCAGCAUCUGCUCCAACAUCCUGAUGAAUGGAGAGGUAGAGCCACUAUCCGACAACGUCCGCCAAGGAUUCCAAAGUGCCUAUGAGUACCUGGCCGGCAAGGGCGAGCGAGCUCUUGGACUGGCCAUGUUGGAGCUCGAUCCAGCAGUGUACCACAAGGACUAUCCAUUCGACUCGGACGAGAAGAACUUCCCCACUACCAACCUGACCUUUGUUGGCCUGACCACCCUGAUGGACCCACCCAGACCAAGUGUUCCAGAUGCCAUCGCUCUCUGCAAGCGCGCUGGUGUACGUGUGAUGAUGGUCACUGGUGACCAUCCAUUGACCGCCACCUCCAUUGCCAAGCAAGUAGGCAUCAUUGAGGACGAGACCAUCAACGAGAUUGCCAAGAGAGAGAACGUCGACAUCUUUGACGUAGACUUUGAGCGUGCAAAGGCCGUCGUCAUCCCAGGUUCAAGACUGGACGACAUGACCCAAGAGCAAUGGAACAUGGUACUGGCCAAGAAGCAAGUUGUAUUCGCCAGAACCUCACCAGAGCAGAAGCUCAUCAUCGUCGAGCAAUGCCAGAACAGCGGAGACAUCGUGGCCGUCACUGGAGAUGGUGUCAACGACUCGCCCGCCCUCAAGAAGGCCGACCUCGGUUGCGCCAUGGGCAUCACCGGAAGUGAGGUGGCCAAGGAGGCCGCGUCCAUUGUUCUGCUCGACGACAACUUUGCCUCGAUCGUCGCCGGUAUAGAGGAGGGCAGAAUGAUCUUUGACAAGUUGAAGAAGUCCAUCUGUUACACUCUGUCCUCGAACGUGCCAGAGUUGAUCCCCUUUGUCUGCUUCUUCAUCUUCAAGUUGCCCACCGCCCUGUCUGGUAUCUUGAUUCUCUGUAUCGAUCUGGGCACUGACUUGGUGCCCGUAAUCUCAUACGCCUACGAGUACGCCGAGAUGGACAUCAUGAGCAAGCCGCCAAGAGACGUCAAGAAGGAGCGACUGGUGUCUGCCAAGCUGGCCGUGUUCUCUUACAUUUGGCUCGGCUUUGUACAAUGCGCAGCUGGCUUCCUCAACUUCUUCCUCAUGUUCUACUGGGACUACGGCCUCACUCCACACAUGCUCUGGUACACCAGCUCCAAGUACUUCAUGAUCGACAAACCACAACCCUUCCACGGCUACAAUGGUGACGAGCAAAAGCACAUCCUACGCAAGGCCCAGACCGCCUACUUUGUUGCAGUUGUGCUUGUCCGACUUGGUGCUGCACUCUCGUGCAAGACCAGAAAGCUCUCACUCUUCCAACAUGGCUUCAGGAACAUGGUGUUCAACUUUGGUGUCAUCUCAAUGAUUGCCGUCGCCUUGAUCAUUGCCAAUGUGCCAGGCAUCAGCAGCUUCUUUGGCACUGAGCGAAUCAGUUGGAAGUACUGGCUGAUCCCACUUCCAUUCGCUGUGUUCCUGGUCGCGGUCAACGAGAUCAGAUUGUACCUCAUCAGGAACUAUCCCGAUGGAUGGAUAGCAAGACACCUUUAUUGGUAG